AUUUUUUUUUAACUUAAGACUAGAACAAAUAUUGAUUGAUUUUUCGGAUGGUUUAUCAUGCAAAAAGUAUCACUAAGUACUGUCUAUACGAAUUGACUGUUUGAUAGUUGACAUCUUUGAUAAAAUUUAUCUCUUAUCGCAUUUUUGAGUGUCAACAUUAUAAAGAAAUAAAUAAAAUAUAUAGUGGUGUGGUAUAUAACAUAUAAUAUAUAAUAAUGGUUCUGGAUCAAGACGUAUUAACAGUGUUAAAAUUAUUAAUGAUAGGAGAAUCUAAUGUUGGAAAAUCAAGCAUAAUUCUUAGAUUUACGGAGGAUGAAUUUCAUGAAAAUAUGCAAAGCACAGUUGGAAUGGAUUAUAGGACUAAACAAGUUACAAUUGAUGGCAAUACAGUAAAACUUGCAAUUUGGGAUACUGCAGGACAAGAACGUUUUCGAACUCUGACACCUAGUUAUUACAGAGAUGGCCAAGGUGCUAUAUUAGUGUAUGAUGUUACAGAUAGAGUUACUUUUAUGAAGUUAGAAACAUGGCUUAAUGAGUUAAAUACAUAUUGUAAUAAAACAGAUAUUAUUAAAAUGGUAGUAGGUAAUAAGAUAGAUUUACCAAACAGAGAAGUAAGCACUGAAGAAGGUUUACAAUUUGCUAGAAGACAUCAAACUCUAUACAUUGAAAGUAGUGCUAAAACAGCAGAUGGAAUCAAAUGUUGUUUUGAAGAACUUGUACAAAAGAUAAUACAAACACCUGGUCUUUGGGAUCGACAUACUCUUCUUAAAUCAUAUGGUAAUGGUAAUAUAGGAAGUACAAGACAUAGAGGUCAAAGAGGGAUACAAUUAGCAGAUGAUUCUCAACCACAUGAACCAUAUUCAAAUUGCUAUUGUACUUUGAUUUAAUCAAUUGUAAUAUAAAAUUCUAUGAGUGAUUAUUGUAAAGAAACCAUAACUUGAAUAUGGUCUAAAUAUAAACUAAAUAUUAAACUGUGUGAAUUUUGAAGACAAACAAAAAAUAAUUCAGCACAUUAUUGCUUUGUAUAUGUAUUGUAUGUUAUUGAAAAAAAUGUUUUAUAUAUUAUCAAAGAUA